AUGGAGUCUCAGUCAAACAGACACAUCUACCAGCCGGUACAGCCACAGUCCUAUGGGGUACCUCAAUCCAGUGACCCAGCAAAUCUACAACAAGAGAAAGGUGCAAGCUACACAUACAACCCUGUCUAUGAGUAUUCCACUACAGACAACACGACCAGCAAGCAACAACACUUCUCAGGUUGGUGGGUUGGUUCUACCAUCUUCUCUGUCUUAACUCUACUUGUACUUGUCAGCAAUAUCGCGAUAUCCGUCUACUGUGUACGGCGGUACGGCGGGAGCACAACAGCGAACUUCAAGCCCGUGUUUGUAGGAAGCUGUGCUAGAACAAAAGCACUCAACAUUGGAGUACAUCUAGUAAUCAAUGUGCUGAGUUCGGUUAUGCUCACGGGCAGUAAUUUUGCUAUGCAGGUGCUCACUGCACCAACUCGAAAGCAAAUCGACAAUGCUCACGCACAGAAAAUAUGGCUUGAUAUCGGAGUUCCGAGCGUUAGAAACCUGAGGUCCAUGGGGCAUGGAAGAAGAGCAUUGUGGGCUUUGAUUUUACUGACGUCUGCUCCGUUACAUUUGGUGCAAGCGUACGAAGCAGCCCUUGUAACUGAAGAUUUUCUGAACGGGGCCCCGUUCGAUGCAGGUUACACGGAGCCUAAUUCUUGGGACUCUGACCAAAGACGUCUUUUUGGUGAAAUACAAAACAAUGCGUCGACCUAUCAGCGAUUGGAACCUCUAGACUGUCUAAAAGCUUACAACAAAAAAGCCGUCACCGAUCGAAAAACUGUUCUAGUUGUUACUUCUAGCGAGCGACCUUACCUCGGGGAAUACUCCUCCUUUGGGUUGCAAAACACUACUCUCAAUGACGGCAGCCCGAACCCCGUCUACGCGACAGCAGAUUUUGUAGGGAAUGAGGUUGCUGGAAAUACGUGGGAUUGGUUAUGUGCGGAGACGGCGAGUUCUAACAUCCCAUGCGAUUUGACAGAUGUGCUCAGUGGCCGGGAAGAGUGGAGUCCAUUCGCCUCCGGUAUCACGGUAGACUAUUGCCUGAGUGAUCACGUCGGCGAAAGUUGCACUCUAGAUUUUUCACUCGGGCUCAUGGCUGUAGUCUGCAUAUGCAAUGUUGUCAAGUUCGUUUGCAUGUUUCUCCUUUGCGUCAUGCGGUCCCAUUCGCCGUUGCUGAACAUAGGAGAUGCAGUGUCAUCGUUUCUGGAUGUCGCAGACCCUGCUACCACUGGAAUGUGUCUUGCUGGAAAGAAGGAAAUCAAUCGGUUCUGGAGCAAGAGAGGAUACGCUAGGCCUGAUACUUCUCUUCCUUGGACGUCCCCGUCUCCACGCUGGUUUAAAGCGUGUAGCGCAUGGAGAUGGGCUGUCUUCAUUCUCUCAUCAACAAUUUCGAUUGCCGUUUCAAUCUGUUUACUAUCCAUCGGCCUCAACGAUGAUCGCGUUUCCUACCACAAACAAGGGUGGAGUGGGACUGUUCAGCAAGAUCCCUGGUGGAAGUCUGGUUUUGGCGUCGCCAAUAUCGAUGAAGGCUCCCGAUAUGCGAUAACAUACGGGCAUGAGCUUUACCAACCUGAUCGACUAGUCGCAAACAUUCUUCUGGCUAACUUGCCUCAGCUCGUCAUCCCCUUUUUGUUUUUAGCAUACAACAGCAUCCUGACUUCUAUGCUCAUGGCGAAAGAGUGGUCCGAGUUUGGAUAUAAACGCAAAUCUUUGCGCGUAACUGCACCAUCUGGCCAACAACGCUCCACUUACUUCCUUUCACUACCCUACCGCUACGCUCUUCCACUUCUGUCUGCAUCGAUACUACUCCAUUGGCUGACAUCACAAGCUGUCUUCCUUGAUCGUCGCAUAGUGGAGUCGGUGUGGUGGGAUUCUGUGUACGACGACAAUACGGUCGGGAGCGUGGCUACGGUCGGCUACUCGCCUCUGGCUGUCUUGCUUUGUUUGGUAGUUGGGCUUCUCAUGGUGAUGGCACUUGUCGCUUUGGGAUUUCGAAGGUACCAGCCUGGAAUCCCUCUUGCUGGUAGUUGCAGUGCUUCUAUCAGUGCGAUGUGUCAUCCGCUUCCUGGUGAGUCUGAAGCUGCUACACAAACAUUGCUUUGGGGAGUCGUAUCGACAAAUGGGUACGGGCUGGGUCACUGCGCGUUCUCCAGUCGCGAUGUGUGGGCGCCGCAACCUGGAACCCAGUAUGCUGGGUUGUGA